CCCGUCAUCUGUACCGUUUAAGGGUCUGCAGUACAGCUAACCGAGAAAAACCCCAGAAAAUUUAGAGUUGAAGUAAUGGAUAAAAAUAUACCUCGGUACAAUGUUCAACUGUAUAUUUACGACCUGUCAAGAGGAAUGGCUCGCAGCCUUAGUCCUAUUAUGUUGGGUAAACAGCUGGAUGGUAUAUGGCACACAGCUAUAGUGGCAUAUGGUGAUGAGUUCUUCUUUGGAGGGGAGGGCAUCUCUAGCUGUUCACCGGGAGGGACGAUGCUGGGGAAUCCAGACACGGUGGUGGAGCUGGGCGAGACCGAAGUGACAGAGGAGAUCUUCAUGGACUACCUCUCCUCUCUCGGAGAAACAACUUACAGAGGCGACAGGUAUCGUCUGUUUGAGCACAACUGCAACACGUUCACCAACGAGGUGGCCCAGUUCCUGACCGGCAGGACCAUCCCGUCGUACAUCACAGACCUGCCAUCAGAGGUCCUCGCCACACCGUUCGGCCAAAUCCUUCGACCGAUCCUCGACUCCAUUCACAUCGCCCCGCCCGGAGGCAACGUCAUCAAAGUGACCACCGACUUCAGAGGGCAAUAUUUUUCACAUCUGAGAUUUUACAGCACGCCAGUGAUUUGACAGCAGAGGCAACACUUCUAUGUUUUUGGUCUUUGUGCGAUUUGUGAAAUUGAAGCGAACACAAACACAGCAUUUAAUCAAUACAGUUACAUUUUCACAUAAAACCGGCUUGGUUUGGAUAACCAUUUUUUUCCCCCUCAAUGAAUACAAUUUUCAUUUGCACACUGUAUUUUUUAAAAAAAAUUCACCUAAGUUGUCAUUGUCUGAUAUGAAAAUGAGAAAAAAUGAGAAUGUAUAUUUAAUCAGUUAAUGUAGGAAGCAGAUUCUGAUAUUUACUCUCAGUAUAAAAUGAAGAAUAACCUAAUAAAAUCUUCAUGUCUUUGUAAUAGAUAAAUUAAUCAAAAUCCCUGAAAGUUUUACUCUGAAACAAAUUUUCCAUUGAAAAUUAAGUGUUAAAUUACUCUUGACUAUGUUGUUCAUCGCUAGAGUUAAUUCUUUAAACGUAUUUAUAAUAUUUGGUAAAGUCAUUAUGACUUUAAGUCGGUCACAUUUCUAUAUUUGCACCUUGUUCCUGUUCGUUAGCCUUUAGUUUAUGUCCAAUCAACAUUUCUUUGUAUGUCUGUAAUCUCUUUUGAUUUAUAUUUUUCAUUUUGUUGACACUCAAUAGGUUGUUGAGGAAUCAUAAUAACAGCUGACUUAAACAUU